GUCAGCUGAGUCUCCGCCCAAUGCAAGCCGGCCUCUGCUCUGGAGACCGCGAGGGCGGAGCUAAGAGAAACCCCAGAGCCGCACAGCGCUGGAGUUGAGGCGGCAUCAGCUGAGGACUGAGCGACGGUCGUGGCAGGAAAUAGUUCCUCAAGAUGGAGGACGGGAAGCCUGUUUGGGCUCCACACCCAACUGAUGGGUUUCAGAUGGGGAGCAUUGUGGAUAUCGGACCUGACGGCUUAACUAUUGAACCUGUAAAUCAAAAAGGCAAGACCUUUUUUGCUGCUAUCAACCAAGUCUUUCCUGCAGAGGAGGACAGUAAGAAGAAUGUGGAGGAUAAUUGUUCACUAAUGUAUUUAAAUGAAGCUACCCUCUUACAUAAUAUAAGAGUUCGCUAUAGCAAGGAUAGAAUUUAUACUUAUGUAGCUAACAUCCUGAUAGCAGUGAAUCCUUACUUUGAUAUACCAAAACUUUAUUCAUUAGAUGCUAUUAAAAAGUAUCAAGGCAAAUCACUAGGGACGCUGCCGCCUCACGUCUAUGCAAUUGCUGAUAAAGCCUUCCGUGACAUGAAAGUGCUCAAGAUGAGUCAGUCGAUCAUUGUGUCUGGUGAAUCAGGAGCUGGCAAGACAGAAAAUACUAAAUUUGUUUUACGGUAUUUGACUGAAUCUUAUGGUAGUGGACAAGAUAUUGAUGACAGGAUUGUAGAAGCCAAUCCACUGCUAGAAGCGUUUGGAAAUGCAAAGACUGUUCGUAACAAUAAUAGUAGUCGUUUUGGGAAAUUUGUAGAAAUCCAUUUCAAUGCAAAGAAUUCAGUUGUUGGUGGAUUUGUGUCACAUUAUCUCCUGGAGAAAUCCAGGAUUUGUGUUCAAGGCCCAGAAGAAAGGAAUUAUCACAUAUUCUAUAGGCUCUGUGCUGGAGCCCCUGAAAAUAUAAGGGAGAAACUGUAUUUAGGUUCACCAGAUAACUUUAGGUAUUUAAAUCGUGGCUGCACUCGCUACUUUGCUACUAAAGAAACUGAUAAGCAGAUUUUACAGAAUCGCAAAAGUCCCGAGGAAAAUGAGUACCAAAAAUCAGGUUCCCUGAAGGACCCUUUGCUAGAUGAUCAUGGAGAUUUUACCAGAAUGUGCACUGCGAUGAAGAAGAUUGGGCUUAAUGAUGAAGAGAAGCUGGACCUCUUCCGAGUGGUUGCUGGUGUUUUACAUCUGGGGAAUAUUGAUUUUGAAGAAGCUGGCAGCACAUCUGGUGGAUGUACACUGAAAAAUAAAUCUGCCCAGUGUCUGGAAUAUUGUGCUAAGCUACUAGGCCUGGACGUGGAUGAUCUCCGUGUUAGUUUAACCACUAGAGUCAUGCUGACAACAGCAGGGGGCACCAAAGGGACGGUUAUCAAGGUUCCAUUAAAAGUAGAACAAGCAAAUAAUGCACGUGAUGCUUUGGCAAAAACUGUCUAUAGUCACCUCUUUGACCAUGUGGUAAACAGGGUAAAUCAAUGUUUCCCAUUUGAGACAUCGUCUUUUUUCAUUGGUGUUCUGGAUAUUGCAGGUUUUGAAUAUUUUGAACACAACAGCUUUGAACAGUUUUGCAUUAAUUACUGUAAUGAGAAGCUACAGCAAUUCUUUAAUGAAAGGAUCCUCAAAGAGGAACAAGAACUUUAUCAAAAAGAAGGUUUAGGUGUUAAUGAAGUACAUUAUGUGGAUAACCAGGACUGUAUAGAUUUGAUUGAAGGAAAGUUGAUAGGAAUCCUUGAUAUUUUGGAUGAAGAAAAUCGUCUUCCACAGCCAAGUGAUCAACAUUUUGCUUCUGUGGUGCAUCAGAAACAAAAAGAACAUUUCAGGCUAUCAAUACCCAGGAAAUCUAAAUUGGCUGUUCAUCGAAAUAUUCGUGAUGAUGAGGGAUUUAUCAUUAGACAUUUUGCAGGAGCAGUUUGCUAUGAGACGACCCAGUUUGUGGAGAAAAACAACGAUGCUUUGCACAUGUCUCUGGAGUCCCUUAUAUGUGAAUCCAAAGAUAAAUUUAUCCGACAACUUUUUGAGUCCAACACUAACAACAAUAAGGAUACCAAGCAAAAAGCAGGAAAACUAAGUUUUAUCAGCGUGGGCAACAAAUUCAAGACUCAGCUAAACCUGCUUCUGGAAAAGCUUCGUAGCACUGGGUCAAGCUUUAUUCGCUGCAUUAAACCGAAUCUAAAGAUGACCAGUCACCAAUUUGAAGGUGCUCAAAUCCUCUCUCAGCUUCAGUGUUCAGGCAUGGUGUCUGUUUUGGACUUGAUGCAAGGUGGUUUCCCAUCACGAGCCUCAUUCCAUGAACUUUAUAACAUGUAUAAAAAAUAUAUGCCUGCAAAACUGACCCGUCUGGAUCCGAGACUCUUCUGCAAGGCUCUCUUCAAAGCCCUUGGCUUAAAUGAACUAGAUUAUAAAUUUGGAUUAACCAAAGUGUUCUUUAGACCUGGCAAGUUUGCAGAAUUUGAUCAAAUAAUGAAGUCUGAUCCAGAUCAUCUUGCUGACUUAAUUAAACGUGUGAACCAUUGGCUUAUCUGCAGCCGUUGGAAGAAGGUCCAGUGGUGUUCUUUAUCAGUUAUCAAAUUGAAAAACAAAAUCAAGUACAGAGCUAGUGCCUGUAUUAAAAUACAAAAGACAAUUCGUAUGUGGCUGUGCAAGAGAAAGCAUCAACCACGCAUAGAUGGUUUAAUAAAGCUUCGCACACUGAAAAAGAGACUAGAUAAAUUCAAUGAAGUAGUAACUGCUCUAAAAGAGGGGAAGGCAGAAAUGAGCAAGCAGGUCAAGGACCUUGAGAUGUCCAUUGAUGCUCUGAUGGCCAAGAUCAAGGCCACUGUAAUGCCUAGACAACAGAUUCAGAAGGAAUAUGACGCCCUAGUUAAAAGCUCUGAGAAACUUUUGAGUGCCCUUCAGAAAAAGAAGCAGCAAGAGGAGGAAGCCGAAAGAUUGAGACGCAUCCAGGAAGAAAUGGAGAAAGAAAGGAGAAGGCAUGAGGAAGAGGAGCAACGUCGGAAGAAGGAAGAAGAAGAAAGGCGACUGAAAUAUGAGAUUGAAGCAAAGAGAAAACUGGAAGAAGAAGAAAGGAAAAAAAGAGAGGAUGAAGAAAGAAGAAUUCAGGCUGAAGUUGAGGUUCAGCUGGCCAGAGAACGCGAAGAAGCGAGUCAGCAGCAAACCAUCCUUGAGCAAGAGCGUAGAGAUCAUGAGCUGGCUUUGCGAAUUGCCCAAAGUGAAGCUGAGCUCAUCAAUGAUGAGGCUCAGCUGGACCCAAGUUUGCGCAGACUCAGUGGAACAAGGAGUCAAAUGACUGCGGAACAAAUGGCUAUAGAAAUGUCAGAAUGCUUAUCUAGGGGACCUUCAGUCCAAGCUACCAAAGCUGCAGCUGGCAUUAAAAAGCAUGACCUUAGCAAGUGGAAGUAUGCAGACCUGCGAGAUACAAUCAAUACCUCUUGUGAUAUUGAAUUGCUGGCAGCUUGCAGAGAAGAGUUUCAUAGACGGCUUAAGGUUUAUCAUGCUUGGAAGGCCAAAAACAAGAAACGUAAUGCUGAAAUGGUACAGCGGGCUCCCAAAUCAGUGACUGAUUAUGAUUUUGCACCAUUUUUGAACAACUCAACUCAGCAGAACCCAGUAAAUCAGUCUGUUAGACAGCAGCAGGAGAUCGAAAUGAACCGGCAACAGCGAUAUUUCAGAAUUCCUUUCAUCCGUCCAGCAGAUCAAUACAAGGAUCCUCAGAAUAAGAAAAAAGGCUGGUGGUAUGCUCACUUUGAUGGACCAUGGAUUGCUCGUCAAAUGGAACUUCAUCCUGAUAAGCAACCCAUUUUGCUAGUGGCUGGCAAGGAUGACAUGGAGAUGUGUGAGCUGAAUCUUGAAGAAACUGGGCUGACUCGUAAGCGGGGUGCUGAAAUUUUGCCACGGCAGUUUGAAGAGAUUUGGGAACGCUGUGGUGGAAUCCAGUAUCUUCAAAAUGCAAUUGAGAGCAAACAAGCUCGGCCGACUUAUGCAACUGCUAUGCUGCAGAACUUAUUGAAAUAAAUAGUUAUUUUGCACCUUCUGAGUACAAAGGAACUUUUAACAUUCCAUAAUCAUGUAGAGAUGUUUAAUAUAAACCGAUUUUAUUAAUGUGUCAAUUUUUAGUUUGUACUUUUGACGUCUUAAUUUGUGCAGUGAGCUCAUUCGUUCUCAAGAUCUCAUUUUUUUUUCUUUCAGUCAGCUAUGUUGUUUGCUUUGGGCCAGCAUAUGGUAAUACCAAUAAUAUUGUAAUAUAGAGCAGAACUGGUAAAUCUAUAUCUCUUUCCUGAUGUGCUGAAUUCCAACAUAUGUCAACCCCAGCUAAUAUAAUUAGUGCUAUGCGGUAAAAGUCAAGCAGUGGUUGGAGAACUAGAAACCCCCAUCCUUGAUGUAGCAUAGCACAUUACCAACAUUAGUUUAGAACUACCCAAAAUGGCCUUUUAUCUUCUGUAACACACUUCCCAGCUACUAUCUGGAAAAUGAGUUUUCACAAGGUAGAAGAUGCAGUGUUUUCUUUACACUAGGCUAACUAGAACUGUGAGGCCUUAAUAUUCUUAACAUUUAAUGUACAGAAGUUAAAGUAGACUCCUAUAAAGGUGAAAUAUAACACUUCAACAUCGCUUGCAAACAAGCAUUUUGGGAAAAUGUGUCUUAAGGUAGAUCGCUGAGUGUCCUAUACCGAAUAUAGAAAAAGUUGAGCCUGAAGUGCUUUAGCAAUUCAGAACUGAAACAGUUUGAUGCACUUUUAAGCAGUUGUGCAUGUGUGUGCUUGUCUUCUUUUUUAAACUGCUUUCUUUUUUACAAAACAGGUUCCUUCAGACAAUUCAUGUUUAAUUUUUUUGUCACAACUGUAUUGGGAAUCCUUUCUCAGUCAUAGUGAAAUGUAAUUCACAGAGAUGGUUCAAUAUAUAUCUGCAGGUAUUCAUGGCUGCAACCAUCAAAGAAAUGAACUACAUGUAUUAUGCCAGCAUAGUUGAAUUUGAGUGUGAGGAGCUGGACAGUGUUGUCUUUCUAUGCUUCACUGAAAUGAAUAUGGAUUAAGUGGAGUCUUUCUGGCUUCUGACAAAAUGGCAGAGCCCAGGCAUUUCUCCUUACAUCAUGCUGCUUCAAAUGGCUUAACUUCAGAGUGUUCAAGUUGUUUUUUCUCCUAAUCUAAUAGAUCUUUUCUCAUUGCUAAUCUCCCAAGUUCAGCUUUUGUGGGCUUUUCUUCUUUUCUUUUUGGCAGGGUUUCCUUAACAGUAAUUAAAAUACUUACAGCAAUUAUUUCUUUCAGACAAUUUUAAAAUUGCCUUUGGUUGAUGUUGCAAAAUAACCUAGUGUCAGCAUAACAAAUCUUGGCGUUAUCAUUGUUUUGGGAUCUUUGGAGAAAUUAAGAAAUGUCACCUAAUAAUAAUAAAAAAGUGCAGACCACAUUUGGAGAAACUUUCUUUCCUUUAUUAGAGUAAUUGCAUUUCUCAGCUCUGACUUUUAAAUCUUCAAAUAAGAAUUUAAAAAGAAGAAUGAGCUGAGUUUACAUUGGCUGCUAAGUUUUGACCAGAUUGGGCAUAAAAAAGGCAUCUUCAUAAAUCUAAGUAAUAUUCUUACUAUGUUUAAGAUUGUUGAGAUCGUCAGUUUAUGUAUUCACAUGUGUAAAUAUCAUUUUCAGAUCCAAAUGCACCAGUCCAAAUGUAGGCAGCUUUGACAGCUUUAGGCUAAACUCAGUCUGUUGUCUCCCCUGGGGGUCCCCAACCCCCGGGCCGUGGACUGGCACCGGGCCGUGGCAUGCCAGAAACCAAGCCACACAACCAAAUGAAACCCAUUCAUGGAAUGCAGGCAGCACACAAAACCAUGCCCCCUCUGGUCUGUGGAAAAACCUAUCUCCACAGAACCAGUCCCUGGUGCCCAAAAGGUUGGGGGCCGCUGGUCUACAUCAUCAAGAUGAUCAAUAAGAUCAGAUUUGUCAAAACCACAAAUACAUUUCACCAAUGAAAAGCUCUUUAGCUUGCAGUAAGGAUUUCUGCUCCUUUCCAUUCCACAGGCACUCUCGCUAUCAAUAAUAACUUUUACUGAUAAUAUAGGUGACAGAAGAAAGUAAAAAAAGGAAUGCAAGCCAAGUGAUGAGUGUAAAUCCACUUAGGGGCCUUUGAAUCCAAGUGGAUAUUUGUAUCUUUUGGGUUUGACCCUAGAAGCCCCUGUGUCUGCCCACAAAAGCCUCCGAUCAUGUGGCAGAAUAUAAGAUUAUGUUCCAUUAAAUACACAAUCAUUAGGGUGAAAAGGUCUGCUCAAGGGCAGAAGACGAGUGUGUGUGGCUGGAUAGUUUUCAAAAUCGUCCCUGUUUGCUGAAAUUGGAUUGCAUUUGUGAUUUUUCUUCCCUGUUUUGAAAUUAAACCUUAUUGAACAUCAGUCUACUUACCUACCAUUUUCUGCAUUUAAGUUGUGCUUUCUACAGUUUGUGAAAGUGCUGCUUGAUGAGCAGUUGCGAAUGGAAGGAACAUGCAUCGCUUGCCCUGUCACAAUCUUGCUCUUUUCUGUCUCUCUCUUCUUCAAAGCAUCAGGCUUGUCACCGAAGAACUUCUAGCAGGUCUUAUGAAAAGCCUCCAAAGGUUGUAGAUUUGUAGAAUCCCAUAGUAAAAGCUUUGUUUAGAUUUGUUAUAGAAAAAAAAUAUUCAUAUGUUAAAUCCAUAAAGAUUUCUCCAUCCACCAAGGUAUCCGAUGUUAACUUUCAUAGUGUACUAGAAAAUUCAGAGGUAAAAAACAUAUAUACGCAGCUUGGUGGCAAGGUCUAGUUGACUUUGGUUGAUCUCAACCAUCUAAUCAGGAUAAAACCUAAUUAAUACUGGAUGGGAACUAGGGAAUACCAGAACUAGGAAGGUGGGAGAAAAGAGACAGUGAUGGCAAACCACUUCCAUAUUGCUGCUACAAAAAUUACACACUGCCACCAAAAGCUGAGCUGGACUUGAAGGACUUGACUUACAGUACAUAUGAUAUGUUCAUCACCGAUCAAACCCAGUUUCUUGCCUUGGUUCAUUUGUUCCUUUGGUUUCAGUGGGAGGUUAAAGGCAUUGCAGGACAUCGGUAGUGUUUUAUGCUGAAAUAUGAGGGUAAGGUAUUUUUCAGAAUAGCAAUUAAGAGAAGAAGUUGUUUCACUUCUUGCAUGGAUACUAUGCUCCAUUGCCAGUCCCAACUGUUUUGCUUCUAAUUAAGAAUGACAAUAUCCUUUAGAUGUGGAACUGCAGCAUGGAGAAAUAUUGAUUGGAAAAGAAGUUUUCAAAGAGGGAGAUAAUAAGGAAAAGCUGCUUAGUGUUGCUGCUGUAGCCAAACCCAGAGCCCUCUACAGUUGUACUGUCUUGUAAAACAAUAGACUGCGUAGAGUGCCUCAAUCAUAGCUAAGGCUAAAACAGAUGAUCACAUUUUAAAACAUUUCUUUAAUAUUUUGGAUUAAUUUGAUUGUCCUAGAUGUGUCUGCAGUUACUAUAUCACUUGGUUAGUAUAGUGGGAUAAUAGUUGGCAAGAAGUUGGCACCUCGAUGCAAAUUUUCUAAAUUCCUGUUAAAAGAGGAAUUGAAUUUAAAAAGAGAUGACAUUGUUUUUUAUAUAAUAUUUAUUUAACAGCUGUCAUUACUUCCAAUUGACCUGGUUGGAGUUCCUUCAAAUACACACUGCAUUAACAAGUUUGGCAGAUGUAUACAGCAUCUCUUUUUUGCCCCCAACAUCUGGCCAGAAAUUUCAGCAUAAAGCUGAAUGAAAAUGCCAGUUCCUCAACAGAAAAAAGAGACUUAUUGCCUCCUGCAUAUUUGUGACCUUUUUCAUGUGAAAGCCCUAAGAUACAAAAGUAGGUACACCUCCAGAUCAUUUGUGCAGCUAUGAUGUGGUUUCAAAGUACAGUGAGUCUUGGGUGAUGGCUAUUCUACCUCUGCUGGCCAUCACAUCUGCGUGCAUUUGCUAAAUGAGGCAUAUACAUACAUCAAUCUACUCUAAAUCUCAGAAAAUAGCAAUCCUAGUUCCAUGACCAAGUACACAGAGUAUCAUGCAAAAGUUUAGGUACUACUCAUCAAAUUUAAUAUUUCAGUGUACUACAUGAACAGAAGCUGAGAUAACUUCUACAUAGUACAAAGUUAAAUGCUUUGUACUUUCUACAAAAUUCAGUUUGUAGAAAUUAAAUAUUUAUGUGCAAAAGGUUUAUCAAGUCAAAAUAAGGAAAAGCUUGGGCAUCUUUUUAAUCAGUAAUUGUAGCUUCACCUUUGUCAGAAUAGUUUCCAAAUAGCUAAGAGUUUGUCUAGUCUUGUUUUUUGAGUGUUUUUCCUACUCUAUAUUUCUUAUGUGUUACAUGAUUGAUUGUCAAUAUCAUUCAGUUCUGGGGACCAUCUCCCCUUUUUUUCCCUUCAAGAGAUCAUGCCUGAUUUGGAGAUAGUUUUAGGCAAUUACCUUGCUGAAAUAUCUAACUGACUGUAGGAUAUUCACUUUAUAAAUUCUUUGACAUUUACCUGAAUCCAUUUUUUCUUUCCGCCUGCCACACAACUCCAAAAUAUAAUAGAGCCAUUCCUGUGUCGACAAUGUGUUCUUUUCUUCAAAUGCUUCACCAUCUUUGUCCAAAUUCAUCCCAUGUUGUUAUGGCUGACUAGUUACGUAUUCAUCAGUUCAAAGCAUUUUAUUUGAAAAUACCUUAGGCUUAUCAAGGUUUUUUUUUUGGUUUGUGAGAUGGUGACUUUUGUAAAAAGGUCUUCCUUCUGACAAUUCUCCCAUGCCGAUAACCAUUGUAUAUUCAGCGCCGUUAUAUAGGCAGCUGUUCCUGAGACAGCUAUACCUGUCAGCAGGUAUUAAACCAGUGAUUGUUGAUAAGUAUAACAUACGGUAGAUUUUCUUCCUUUCCCCCCCUUUCUUUUCCUAGUCUGGGUUUGGCUCUUUUCUAAUUUUUUAUUUUGAGAUUAAAGAUUAUUUUGCUAAUUGUGUAUGCAUAAAAUAAAUUCUGAAAUAAUUCUUAAGUUAUUUCCUGUGAUUGUGGAUUCAGUGCAGAUCUGAACAAUUUUCAGAUAGCUCUGGCAGAGAUUUUGCUUGGGCUUUCAGUUCUCACCUUGACAUCAACAAUUUCAUAUAACUUCUGUAUCUUAACAGUGUUUUUAGCUGAGAAUCAUUAUCUGGAAGCACUUAGAGAUUUUGGUAUAAUCUUCCUCUUCAUUGUAAUGUGAAUUAUCUUCAUUUGCACAUACUCAGAUCCCUGCAUAGAGCCCUUAGUUGGUAAAAAAAAAAUAGAACAUUUAUAACCCAACUGGCUAGAAAAGUCAGAAUAUUUUCACCUGUGGAAUCGGUGUCUCCUGGCUAAAUGUACAAUACACCUGACAAGUUAACCACCUUCUGGUUAUGCAAUUAACAACUUUACAGUUUUUUAAAAAGUAGCACCGAACCAGUUAGAAUGAUGCCCAAUUUCUGCAUCUGCCAUAUUAAUAGUUUUCUUAUUUUCAUUUGGUAAAUGGCACAAAAUACUUAGGUAUACAUUCAAAUAUGCAAAAAUAUGUCAGGGUUAAUUUUGUACAAUGUAGAGAUUGUGUCAGCUUCUAUUCCCUUAUGGAUUCAUUGAAACAUAUGUUGACCAGCAGCAUGCAGUUAAAUAUUGCAUGCAAUUAUAAGUCUGCAUACAACUAGCAGUUCCCUGAAAAGCACAAGAUUCUUAAUAUUACUUUGGAAAUGUUCUCCUCAUCUGUAAUUGUAUCUCUUUCAUCUCUGGCUUAUUUCCUACUACACUGUUCCAAGUACUUUGUCAAAUAACUUUGAUUGUGCACUGCAAAUUAUAGCAAAAUAAAUUCACUCUGUUGA